UAAACACGUAUGUCAAGUACGUGGCAGACCCCCUUCGUGAAUUCAAUGAACACCUCUCAAUAAAAGGAUGCCCACCCAGUUCGAACAUAGAAGUAUGGCCAGAGUCUACCUUGUUAUAUCAUCGCUGACUGUUCUGUUGCCGGCAAUCUGCAAUGCUGUAGGCAACGACCCGGAAUGUGAGGAUGGUGUAGUGGUCGGCAGUAAUGCUACUGCUUUUGUCGAGUUUAUUAAUAGCUAUAGAAGGAAAUUGACUGAGGGAACUCAGAAUAAUGGAAAAGAUCAAGAUCCUUUACCGAAAGCACUGAACGUCAAAGACGUGGAGUGGGACUGUGACUUGGGGGGCACGGCGCAAUGGGAUAUUGGCGCUUGGAAAUGUUUUGCUUUGGCAGAGAUGGGUUACCGUCUCAAUAUAAUCAAUUCCUUUCACGUGUUCAAGACUGGUCAUUACAACUUUGAAAAUGCUACUGUUAAAUACGAAGUGAAAGGGUGGGAAGAAGUCAUGACACCUUACUUGCAAGCAAUUGACAACCUCGGUAAAGCAGCCUUCAAUGUUGAGUAUGGACGUGUUGCAAUCAAUGAUGACACCUUUGACGACGUACAAGUUUACGCCGAAUGGAUGCGAGCAGAUGUCACGAAAGUAGCCUGUGCCUUUAGACUCUGUACAGCACCCGAUGAAUGGUUGAUGUUAUGUGCCACUGACCAACCGCCCAUUCAAAAAGGUAGCAAUUAUACGCUUUACGAAGCCGAAACAGCCACUAUAGCGACGACUUCUGCAACCACUACUACAACUAUUGCAUCAACUAUUGCCUCCACAGCAGCUACCACUGAGAUCACUACCAGCUUAGCCACCACACCUACAGUACCCACAGGCACACCAUGUCCAACAGCUCCAACAACUCCGUGUCCAACAGCUCCAACAACUCCGUGUCCGACCUAUCCGCCAGCGAGAGCGAAAAGGGAGGUGAAGACAGUAAAUGCGGACGUGUUUGUGAAGAGAGGAAAGUUACCCAAAGAUGCACCUGGUGAGAAUCAAAUCUGUUCCAACAACAUAGGGAUGACAGACUCAUUGAGGACGCUUUUCCUUAACAUGCAUAAUUAUCGCAGAGCCAAGCUAGCUUUGGGAAAAGUCAUUAGUUAUAAUCGUAAGCGCAUGCCACCAGCCAAAAAUAUUUUCAAAUUGAGCUAUGCCUGCGGACUGGAAGCAGCGGCUUUGCGCUACGCUACCUAUUGCCCAUCGACAAAGUCUAAAGCGAAUGUUAGACCGCUUCAAGGAGAAAACUUUUUACGUCUUGCUAAAGUCGGCUUUUCAAGUUUUGCAGAUGCAGUAAACAUGACUGUUUACGAUUGGUGGGAUGUUGUCAAUGAUACUCCUGUCAUUGACAACACAGCAAAACUCCUUAUUCGCCGUCUUCGCUCUCCUAUAGCAACUUUUACGCAGAUGGCAUGGGCAACCACUAGAUUUUUGGGAUGUGCUAUAGCCGACUGCAAUUCAUACUAUGUAUCUGUCUGUAGAUAUUCUCCAGAGGGAAAUGUCAUCGGAGAAAUGGUCUACAAGCCUGGCCGUACUUGCACUGAAUGCAAGCGUGGUACAACAUGCGAAGAAGAACUGGGGCUAUGUGUCUAAGAAACUGGCAACCACCACACGAGAAUUAUUUUUUACAUCCUAUGAAGUGCGUAUGUUUGUCAAAAAUCAUGUAUCUUACUUAUGACUCCCAAGAAGGGCGUCUAAAUGCAAAUUCUCCAACGUCUGUGUUGAAGAGGUUCUCUAAUAAAAUAUGCGUCGGUUG